AUGGAGCAGUCCAAAGCAUUGGCGAAGCAUGCAAAGUCCCAGCGGAAAAUAGACGAUGAUGUCAAGCCAAUCAUCAUAAAUGUAUUUUAUGUGCUUUUGGUAGUCAUCACUUUAGGAGCUUUUAUGGGAUAUGCAAUUAAUGCAAUUUAUACAAAUCCAAAGUCUCUUAUGAAAGACUGGGGUAUAAGCUCACUAACAGGACCAAAAUGAUAUAUGCAAAAUUGUUUUGUAUUUAUGUGAAUCUUUAAAUAUAAUUAACAUAUGGCGCCUCAGCUCGUGCAUUUCCUCUGGCCAUGAAGCUUCAAUCAUAUAUUUUAAUUAUAUCCAUCAAUGUUUUGCUAACUCUGAAAUGGACAACAAUACUUGGUAAGUACUAGUCCACUUAGAGCUGGAUUUCACCUCAAGGGAAAGAGGAACUUGGAGUUGGGAAAAGGGGAAACCCAGAAAAGCCUUCUAGCUUUACCUGUUAACUCCCUCACAUGAAGCCAGGAGUUUCUGGGGCUACAUGUUUUAACUUUUGCCGACUGUCAGUUAGAAACUCAUUUUUGGGAUUUUCUGCGCAGGCAACCCAUUUCACUCUUCAUUAGACGCAAACCUCAAACGGAGAGGAGCUAUAGAACUUGCCCGAGGAUGGCGCAAAAUAGCGCCAUUUCUCGGCAAGUUCUAUAAUCCCAGGUGGGGUGACGGCAUUCUACCCCAAGCAAGGAGAAGACGCGCACCCGCUGGUGCUACCGGUCUCGAUAAUCUAACUUAAUGUAAAUCUUUAAAUUAGUAUCAGUUGUUUAUAUAUUGUCAAAAAACUCAAAGUUAUCAGAAGAGUUUGUUUUGGCUUUAAGAGAUAUUGGAAUUACUGUUGCAUUCGUAUUGGAAUACUAUAUUUCUCUGGAAAUUUAUUAUUUUUCAGAUCGUUCUUUUAAGUUAUCUGGCCAUGCACUGGCAUUAAGUACAAUGACCUGCAUGAUUUUGAUUGAGUGCCAAAGAAAUGCUAGUAUCACAAAUAACAAAAUUUGGCAGAAUUUUGGAAAAUUCAUGCUAAUAUUUCAUUGCUAUAUUUUGUCAUGGACUAGUUUUGCAUAUCAUACCUAUCUUGAACUUUUUUCAGGGCUUACUAUUGGAAUUUUAACCAUUUGACUAUUCCACUUACUUGCUAAUAAACUAAUAACAAAGAAUAAAUAA